AUGUUCUGCCUAGCCACGGGCGCUGUAAUAUUUGUUGUAGCAAUAGUUUAUAUCGUUCUGGACACCAUCAUGCGUUCACUGAAAGUAUGCAACAUAACGGACAAGUAUGUGUUUAUUAAUGGUUGGCUAUCUCGAGCCAAACAACUUGACAAGCUCGGCUUCUACGUCUUUGCUGGCUGUUUAACUAAAGAGGGAGCCAAGUCUGUGACCGAGAGCUGUUCCAGUCGAGUGACCACAGUUGAGCUAGAUAUUAGAAGAUUAUGGGCCUUGUUGAACAACGCUGGAGUUUUGGGCAGAUGUGCGCCAGCAGAAAUGUGCAGCAGAGAGGACAUCCAGGAGGCGCUCAGUGUCAAUCUUCUGGGACCUAUAGACGUAACACGUCACUUUCUACCUCUCAUCAGGAAAGUUAAAGGACGCAUAGUGAUCACUACAAGUAUGGGUGCCCGUGUGGCCAUUUUACCCAUCCCUUACACCGUGUCAAAGUAUGGACUGAAUGGCUUCUCAGACAGACUACGACGCGAAGUCUGGCGGCAAGGCAUUAAAGUUUCUAUUGUGGAACCAGGAGCCUUCAGGACACAAAUUUUGAUCAUAGAUAAGUGUGUACAAGAAGUACAAGAAGUGUACGACAAGCACAGUCCCGACAUACAGGCCACUUACGGAGGCCCUAAGCUUAUGAACAUGGUGCGUAACGUUCUCUCUUCGACGAAAUCGGGAGCAUUAGAAGACCUACGACUUGUCGUCAACGCAAACGUGCAUGCCAUUACCUCCAGGUUUCCUCGUACCCGAUACAGGCCCGGCUGGGACGCUGUAUGGUUUUACAAUCCAGUAACUUAUCUCUCUGACAGUCUGGCUGAUCUUGUGCUGGGUCCUGCCGCCUAA